AUGUCGAAUGGAAGCAGCAGUUUGCGGCCAUAUUACGAUCCCGAGACGUUCAGAUCUCCAGUCAAGGGCCAUAAUGGGCUGACGAUAGUUCACGGGACAACCGUGAGAGACUCACUUUCAAAUCAGGGAGCACAUACCGCGGUUUCGGCGCCUAGUCCUGGCAGCAGUAGCAGCAGCGCCAGUGGAAGCGGCGGUUUUGUGUAUUUGGAUGCUGGCGAUGGUUUGAAUGCUAUAGCUAUGUCGUUGACAAGAUUAUAUGCUAAAACUUUGGUGUCGCAGCCUUUUGAGAUCAGUAGACUGUUACUUCAGGUUGGCGACUGGACCGAUGUCCAGCAGAGUAGAAGCUCAGGGGCAAAAUCCAGAGAUGGCUUGAAUAAUAGUAAUGGAGACGACCAGACGUCAUCAGGCAAUAGAAACUGUUCAGAUGACGAAGAAGAAGAUGACGACGAAGAUGAAGAUGAGGAUGAUGAGAUAAACUAUUUCACGGCGGUGUCGGGCGACUACCGACUUCAGGAGAUGCGGAAGAAGAUCAAACAAGAGAAACGAGCAGCAACACAAGAAUCACCGGAUGGCGACGGCAUUCCAUCAGGAGCUCGACCUGGAACCUCGUCGUCACCACCUCGCAUAAAACCCAAUUCAAAAGCAUAUACUGAAGUGAUUCGACCGUCUACAAUCCGGAUCUUCGACAUCAUGUCGGCAUUAAAUGAGAAAGACGGAGUCAAAGGCUUAUGGCGAGGACUGCAAACGACAUUUAUUUUUGAUGCACUGACAUCUAUGGUUGAGGCAUGGCUGUCCGGAUUCUUAUCGUCGAUAUCGGGCAUUCCCGACCCUCAAUUUGUCGAGGUUCUACAUUCACCCAACCCGCUUCUGUCACUAGGAACAGCCGUCACUGCGGCCGUCCUGACUUCAGUGAUCCUAUCUCCAAUUGAUACUAUUCGCACUCGCUUUGCCGUGAGCACUUUUUCAACAGGACCACGAUCAUUCCGAGCAUCAAUCAUCAGCUUGAAAUCAUACACCAGUCCAUGGCUGGUUCUGAUUCCGACCAUCCUUCAAUCCGGUCUGACAUCUGUAAUCCACCUGUCAACCCCAUAUCUUCUCUAUACCAAGUUCGGCAUCGACAUGUUCAGUUCGCCAUCAUUAUACAGUGCCAUGUCACUCGUAUCAUCCAUCAUGGAACUAUCCGUACGUCUGUGGAAUGGGUAUGAUGCUACAGAGUUAGCGACUCCAGAGGCGUUUGAAGCGGAUCCAUCGCUGGUUUGGCAGUUUUACAGUUACAGGCGAAGAGCAGCAUUGAAAGCCAAACCCAACGCAGGACACUAUGCCCUGGCGGAGCUCGCAAGGAGACAGGGUCCAAACAAAUUUUUGACAUUGACACAGAAUGUGGAUGGGCUAAGUGUGCGAGCCAAACAUCCUCCUGAAGGACUUUUACAUUUGCAUGGCGACCUGUUUACGCUACAAUGCACCUCGUUCACUUGUACAUAUAAAGAAGAGGGAAAUUUCCAGGACCCUCUGACCCCAGCUCUACGAGAAAGCAUAAACCAGUUCGACAAGAAGUUAUCUGGUGAAACCAGUAAUGACAGCAACAAUGACAUCAACGCCAACGACGAAGGUGCAAGUGAUGAGGGUAAUGGUCAUGAUACCAUCAAACAUAUCCCCAUAUCAGACUUGCCAAUAUGUCCGCUAUGUCGAGUAGGACUAUUACGGCCUGGAGUAGUAUGGUUUGGCGAGCCACUACCUCUACGAGUGAUGACAAGAGCCGACGAUUUCAUUACCAGCGACGAAGUGGACCUAAUCCUGGUGGUCGGCACUUCAGGCACCGUUUGGCCUGCAGCAGGUUAUGUCGAGCAAGUGGUCAUGAACGGCGGCAAAGUAGCCAUUUUCAACAUCGACCCGCCCGAUAUGACCGACAAAGACUUCGACGGCUGGAUCUUCACGGGCGAUGCCACCCACUGGCUGCCCAAAGCACUCGAACCACUCGUCGGCAAAAUCCGAGUCCCCUCACGCUAA